GAAAACCAACUUUCUCGAACAAGCAAUUGUUUCACGCAACAUCCAACAAACCGCAUCCACUCAUCCCUUUCCACAGUGAAGCUUUCUCCUUCCCAAUCCUCCACAUUCACAAACAUCAAGCAUCAGUAUCCAACACCAGCAUCGGGAUUUCAAAAUCUCCCCUCCCCAAAAUCGCAGUUCACUCCACUCCACUCCACUCCCAAAACAAACAAACACACUCGCCACUGUCGGUCGCUCGCUUCCUCUUUCCUUCCUCUUCAACUGUAACAAAGUCGUCUGUCUGUGUCGUCUGUCUCGCUUCAAACUUCCAAGCCUCAACGCCACACACUCGACGAUUCAAACAGGCUGAAUGUGAAACACCUCGCCGUUUCGGGGCUAGCACUCACUACACAACACGCAGCGAUGCGUGCGAGGCGUGCACCAACUAGAUUCGAAUUUCAGAUUUUAAAACAUUGCUCUUACUGUAGGUAGACUAGGAUUUGAGGAUCUGUUUGGCUGUUUGGCUGGUUGGCUGGUUGGCUGAGUGGCUUGUUUCUUUGAUGUUUCUGGAAAAAGGUGGGACUGUGGGUGGGCGUACGAUUGGUUGGUUGGAGGUUUGAAGGGAUUUUGUUUCGAUUGGACUUAGAAUGCAGAAUGCUGGCUGCACGGUUCCAGAAAAUGGGCUGGAAAUAGAUUGAGUGUCGUACUGUAGCAGUUAUUCUGGAACGUUCUUGACUUUUUCAAUGGCGGGUCAGCUUUGCUCUGUUCUAAAGAUUUACAUUCCAGCAACUAAGACAUGACCAUUCGGAUCUUGUGUCCCUUCGCUUCCGUAUCCAGAAAUCGUUUGGCAUGUGCAGUCUAGCAUUCUUGGGAGGAAUGUGCAUUGCUCGAUUCGUCCUUGGCAUGUAUAUCUGGUGCAGCUCGAGUCGCAUACAAGACUACUUAAGCUGGUGAUCGACCUCGACGCGUUGCAUUCGGCGCGUCACAUGACUCUUGUGGAGGUUGAAUGAUAUUUGAAUUGCGCUGCAGGUGGCUCUUAGAUUGACACUUAUUUUCUGUUUGGUACUUUUGUCUGUUGAUUAUAUUAGUUUCGGACUUGUAUCUUUGCCUUUGCCUUUAUCUUUGUCCGCCCCUGUCAAGGGAGAGCAUCCAUCGCUCGUUUGACAGUAACACCUCCAGCAUAACAAACUUUCCUUCAUCUGAACUUUAUCUGAACUCUCUCCUCCGGGCUUUCUAUUAAGAAUUUUCUCACACCGAGACUGAACAUCCAUCGAAUUUAAAAAAGAAAUAUUCAGUAAUUCCUACGACACACGAUGUUACGCCUCAACACAUUCCAGAUCUUCCUCUCCUCCAGCGCGGCCUUCUUCCUCAUCGUGCUUCUCACGCAUUUCAGCGCUCCCGAUGGAUUGGCUGGCGUUUCCUCGAAUAUCUCGGGUGCGCUUACGAGGGGGAGUGUGAAGAGUAUUAUGGCGAAGAGUGAGGUGCUGUGGAUGAAGACGGUGAGGCAGAGGCAUGAGGUUAGAGAGAAGUUUGGGGAGAUGGGAUUCUUCCCAGCAAAAGACUCAGUAACGUAUUUCAGCUUUCCAUAUUCGGUAUGGGAUCUUGUCCCCGCAUCGUGGAACUGUCCAUAUGAAGUGGAGAGGAUCGGGCGAAUGGGUGAUGGUGGGAAAUGGGUGUGUGGAAUGAGUCGGUACGAGAAGAAAUCGCGGCCUUGCAUUGUGUACUCGUUUGGUGUGCAGAAUGAGUCGAGUUUUGAGCAGGAAAUGCUAGAACGUACAAACUGCGAGAUCUGGGGAUACGAUUUCUCGGUCGAGGCAUUCGGCCCAGCCAUCACGGAUGAGUAUGCUAGUCGGACACAUUUCAUGAAAGCUGGAAUUGCAGGAACGACGGAUAAAUCCGCUACACCCCCAUUCUACACGGUACAAGAUCUGAUGGUGAAGAAUGGACAUACCUAUAUCGAUAUCCUCAAAAUCGACGUCGAGUUCGCCGAGUUCGCAACGAUGACCUCCCUCAUCAAACACACUGCUUCGCUGACGCAAGCUUUUCCGAUCGGGCAGAUGCUCAUGGAAAUCCACCUAUUCGGCAACGCAUUUCAGAGGACGGAGCCGUAUACGCUGGGUCAAUUUCUGGAUUGGUGGGAGGCGAUGGAGGAGAGGGGUAUUAGGCCUGCUUGGACGGAACCUAAUUUGUUGGCCGUUACGUUGGGGCUUUCUGAUGGGAUGCCGAGGUUGGCAGAGUAUACCUUUGUCAAUACUAAGGAUCCGAAGAGUCUAUUGUGGUGAGUAUAGAGUUAUGGCGAGACUGUCUCCUGGGUAAAGGGAAGAAUGGGCACUGGACCAUUGGAGUACGGACGGCGUUAUGGCUUGUAUCACUGCAUGGUCUUUUUCAGUAUAUUCACUGUAGAGUCUAGAUACCAAUUGGAACUACCUCAAUUAUGGAUG